AUAAAUCUCGACUGCAUUGUAGCUGAAGUUUUGUGUCUAACCAGAAACAACUAAAUUUUGGUGAAAACCGAUGAGAUUAUUAAGUCAUAUCUCAUAAGUCGGUAUGCACAGAAAACAAUGUAACGUGUUUGUUACGUCAUCCAAUCAACACGGUGUUUUUCUAGCAUGGCAUGAGAUUUAAUUGUAUCAUAAUCCCGCGUUCUGCUCCGAUAUUUGUCAGCCAGUAAUAUAACCCGAUUGGGCAUCAAUUAAGACAAUUCAACUGAUAAAUUUCAAAACUUACGGCCAUGGAACACCUAUUUUCUUCACGUAAGAUUUUGUUAAAUGCACUCCAGUUGGAAAUAUCAUGAAAUAACAUGAAUGACACACAUCAUUCAUGGAAUAUGAAUGAACUAGAAUUUUCAACAAUCAUUACAAGGAGUGGUAUAUUAUAUAACAACUUAAUCUUCUUUUACAUUUUCAGCGCUGUCACUGAACAAGGUCUUCCCUACUACACAAAGAAGGAAAGACAACGAUAUAAAAAUAUAUCAGAUGUGGAUAAACAUAAACUGAAGUUGGCUCAGAAAAAAGCUGCAACUCUUGAAGCGGCUUCAAACUCAGUUCGCAUAACAAUUGGAUUGAUUACCACUUUAUUAGUGGGUUAUUUGUCUGAUCGAUACGGUCUUGCAUGUUGGUGUAACUGGUCUUAUUGUGUUGUUGAAGCUGAAUAUGUGGCUGAUUUUGCUCCUGGACUUUUGGAAGCAAUUUUCGGUGGUGGUCUUUUAUCACUCUUUGCUCAGGUUGCGGCUAUCCAAGUAGAUGUUUGUCAUCUAUCCAUGAAGUAUUCAACGGAAAAGACAGAUAAAAAGAAUGUAAAGUCCUCUGAUAAACAAAUGUGGAUAUUAUUUACAAUUUUUGAUGGAAUAGCUGCAUUAUGCGUAUCAGCAGGAUCACCGAUUGGAGGAGCUUUAAUCUAUCACUAUGGAUUUCAAGUAGCCAUGUUCACAUCACUAGGUUUACUUGUUCCGAGCUUAAUUUUAAUAUUCUGUUUACCGGAGACGCAUAAAAACAAAAGCAAACCAACUGUUGUACAGGACGAAAAGCCUUUUGAUGAAGUAAACAAUGAUGAUCCAAAUGAAGAUACUCGUAGUAUACCAAUGGAAUUUGAAAAGACGUUAACAAGUAAAGUGACAGAUGCAUUUCAACGUCUGAAAAAUUUAGAUCCUGUGGUGAUUAUGAUUCUGUCAAUGGUUCUACUUGGUUCAGUGUCAGCUUUAGCGGACUUACAGUAUGUUGCUGUUUAUUUGAUGGGACCUCCAUUCUUGUGGAGUCCAGAAACCGUUGGACUAUAUUCUGGCAUAACUGAUGUGAUAUCAGCUUUCAUUUCAAUUAUCUGUACUAUUCUAAUUAUCAAAUUUGACGAAAAGCGAAAGGCCAAAGAUCUCACAGAACAAAGUACCACAAACAACAGUGAUCGAAAUCAUUAUACACGUCAAAUGCAUUUACUUAUUACAGUUUUUGCUGCAUCAGUUAUAAUGUUAAUGGUGAAUCGUUCAGUAGUCGGAGUAGCUCAUCGAUUUCAACUACCAACUGCAAAUAUUUUAAUUUAUAUCGCUUCCAUUCCCAGAUUGAUGAAAAGCUUCCUUGUUCCAAUAAUUCGAACAAUGCUUUCCAUUAGUGUCCAUUCAAGUAUACAAGGCAUUAUGCAAUCGAUUGCCGCAUUUGUCUCUCGAAUCGGUUUACUCAUCAGUCUAACAGCACUUCCUGCAAUGUAUGCUGGAACAGUACUGACAUUUCCAGGAACAGUAUUCAUCGUUGUUGUCAUAAUAAUGGCAAUAACACUAAUUAUUGACUUAUUAUUACCAUUCGUGAUGAAGAAACAAAAUUCCAAAUUAAAAGCUGCUGAAUUAAACAAUCUUCAUAAUGUAAGAGAAGGUGAAGUAGGAGAAGUGACAAAAUCAGAUGAUAUUGUCAAUUAUAUUGGAGAUAUGUUUUAA